CACCUCCUUGUAAAGUUUUGCAACCUUUACUGCAGUUCCGUGCCUCCCCGACCCUUUAGUUGUGGAAGUUGCUUAGUUUGGUAAAGGAUCACUUUCUCACAAGAGUUGUAGCUUGUUUUAUGUAUUUUUCUUGCUCAUCAUGAUGUCUUCGCCACAAGGCUUAGCAAUGAAGGAUAGCAGCGCCUCUGAUUCAGAGAUCCAAAGGGUUGCUGAGAGUGCUUUGAACGUUCACAAAGUCCAAGUGUCGAGUCUUCCCUUCAGCGUGGAAGCGCUGAUGUCUGAUCGGAAGCCGCUCCGAGGUACUAUACCUUCUUCGGAAGGAGCGGGCGGCAGCGCUUCGCAAAAGAACCCCUCCAAGUCAAUGGCCAGGGAGUCGCCGAAUGCGACAGACUCGUCCAGUCCACUGGAAGGUUUUAUAAAAACUUACGACAGUUCGCCAGUGAAAUCUGAAAACUGCAAAGAGGAAGAUUGCGUUCCGUGGGGCAAAAAUUCUAAUUACUCGCCGCCUCCAAAUAGACAUUUGAGCCCCACUUCUUGCACACUGAGAAAGCAUAAAACCAACAGGAAACCCAGGACGCCCUUCACCACUUCUCAGCUCCUGGCAUUGGAGCGCAAAUUCCGGCAGAAACAGUACCUGUCCAUCGCGGAGAGAGCAGAGUUCUCCAGCUCCCUCAACCUCACAGAAACGCAGGUUAAAAUCUGGUUUCAAAAUCGCAGGGCCAAAGCAAAGAGACUGCAAGAAGCCGAACUGGAAAAGUUCAAAAUGGCAGCGAAGCCCAUGCUACCCCCGGGGUUGAGUCUGACAUUUCCAAUGAAUUCCCCAAUGCACGGAGCUUCACUUUAUGGACAUACUUACCCUUUCCAUAGACCUAUGCUCCCAGUCCCGCCUGUAGGACUUUAUGCCACCCCUAUCGGAUACAGCAUGUACCAUUUAUCUUGAAAACAAAAUCAAUAUAGAAGACUCAAAACUUUCAAAUAUAUUUGAAACGAUGCCAGCGCUUUUAACGUUGUUUUGAUUGCUGUCCCUUUGAAAGGGAUAUUAUGUACUAUUUUAUAUAUAUAUGGAGAUUUAUUAUUUCUUAUAUUCAUUAUAUUUGUGAAUAAAUUAAAAUAAUUGUUCAAUAUUA